GGCGCCUGGGGAGCUCUGGCGGUAGGUCUGGGAGGCUCCGGCUCGCGCGGAGUGGAGCGCAGCUGACAUGACGGAGGGCACGUGUCUGCGUCGCAGAGGGGGACCCUACAAAACGGAGCCGGCCACCGACCUCAGCCGCUGGCGACUCAGCAAUGAGAGGGGCAGGCAGACGUGGACUUACUUUCAGGAAGAGGAAGACCCUGGCCGAGAACAGACUGGCCUGGAAGCCCACUCCUUGGGGUUGGACACUAAGAAUUACUUUAAGGACUUGCCCAAAGCCCACACAGCCCAUGAGGGUGCUCUGAACGGGAUGACGUUUUACGUGGGGCUGCAGGCUGAGGAUGGGCACUGGGCGGGUGAUUAUGGUGGCCCGCUUUUCCUCCUGCCAGGCCUCCUGAUCACAUGCCACGUGGCGCGCAUCCCGUUGCCAGCCGGAUACAGAGAAGAGAUCGUGCGGUACCUGCGGUCGGUGCAGCUACCUGAUGGCGGCUGGGGCCUGCACAUUGAGGACAAGUCCACGGUGUUUGGGACGGCGCUCAACUACGUGUCUCUCAGAAUUCUGGGCGUCGGGCCUGAUGAUCCUGACCUGGUCCGAGCUCGGAACAUUCUCCACAGCAAAGGUGGUGCCGCGGCCAUCCCCUCCUGGGGCAAGUUCUGGCUGGCCGUCCUGAACGUCUAUAGCUGGGAAGGCCUCAACACCCUGUUCCCCGAGAUGUGGCUGUUUCCUGACUGGGCGCCUGCACACCCCUCCACCAUCUGGUGCCACUGCCGGCAGGUGUACCUGCCCAUGAGCUACUGCUACGCCACCCGGCUGAACGCCUCGGAGGACCCCCUGGUCCAGAGCCUCCGCCAGGAGCUGUAUGUGGAGGACUUCGCCAGCAUCGACUGGCCGGCACAGAGGGACAACGUGGCCCCGGACGAGCUGUACACGCCGCACAGCUGGCUGCUCCGCGUGGUGUAUGCGCUCCUCAACCUGUACGAGCGCCACCACAGCGCCAGCCUGCGGCAGCGGGCCGUGCAGAAGCUGUACGAGCACAUCGUGGCCGACGACCGCUUCACCAAGAGCAUCAGCAUCGGCCCGAUCUCGAAAACCAUCAACAUGCUCGUGCGCUGGCACGUGGACGGGCCGGCCUCCUCCGCCUUCCAGGAGCACGUGUCCAGAAUCCCGGACUACCUCUGGCUGGGCCUGGAUGGCAUGAAAAUGCAGGGCACCAACGGCUCACAGAUCUGGGACACCUCGUUUGCCAUCCAAGCUCUGCUAGAGGCGGGCGGGCACCACAGGCCUGAGUUCCUGUCCUGCCUGCAGAAGGCGCACGAGUUCCUGCGGCUCUCGCAGGUCCCAGAGAGCCCUCCCAACUACCGGAAGUACUACCGCCAGAUGAGCAAGGGCGGCUUCUCCUUCAGCACGCUGGACUGCGGCUGGAUCGUCGCCGACUGCACGGCGGAGGCCUUGAAGUCCGUGCUGCUCCUACAGGAGGAGUGUCCCUCUGUCACGGAGCACGUCCCCCGAGAGCGGCUCUGCGAUGCUGUGGCUGUGCUGCUGAGCAUGAGGAAUCCCGACGGAGGCUUCGCCACCUACGAGACCAGGCGCGGGGGGCGCUUGCUGGAGCUGCUGAACCCCUCGGAGGUCUUUGGGGACAUCAUGAUCGACUACACCUACGUGGAGUGCACCUCCGCCGUGAUGCAGGCGCUGAAGCAUUUCCACAGGCGUUUUCCCGACCACAGGGCGGUGGAGAUCAGGGACACCCUGGACCGGGGCCUGGAGUUCUGCCAGCGCAGUCAGAGGGCGGACGGCUCCUGGGAAGGCUCCUGGGGCGUGUGCUUCACCUAUGGCACCUGGUUUGGGCUGGAAGCUUUCGCCUGCAUGGGGCAGACUUACCGCGACGGGGCUGCCUGCACGGAGGUCUCCCGGGCCUGCGACUUCCUGCUGUCCCGGCAGAUGGAGGACGGAGGCUGGGGGGAGGACUUCGAGUCCUGCGAGCAGCGGCGCUACGUGCAGAGCGCCCGGUCCCAGAUCCACAACACCUGCUGGGCGCUGAUGGGGCUGAUGGCUGCCAGGCACCCCGAUGUGGCGGCCCAGGAGAGAGGAGUCAGGUAUCUGCUGGAGAAGCAGCUCCCCAACGGCGACUGGCCCCAGGACAACAUCUCUGGGGUCUUUAACAAGUCCUGUGCCAUCUCCUACACGAGCUACAGGAACGUCUUUCCCAUCUGGACCCUCGGCCGCUUCGCCCACCUGCAUCCCGAGAGCACGCUCGCCGGCCACCCCUGAGGGCGCGUCUGGCUGGCGGUGGGGCCGGUGGGGCUGAGCGGUGGCAUCACUCAGGUUCCAGGCGAGGCUGAGGUGUCUUGGCCAGGUGGGGGGACCCUCUGUGACCCUGCCUCGGGCUCCAGCCCCCAUCCCCCACCUCUGCAGGUGGAGGGGACCAGGCCCAAGGCAGGUGGGCAGGGUGGGUGGCUGCUUUAGACACUUGGCUUUCAGCACAGGGUUAGUUCUGAGAAUAGCUUGUCUGGCUUGGGAGAGGACAGGAACAAGGUGAGCCAUGACCCUUGAGGACACACACACCUUCCAGGGCAUCUCAGCACAGUCCUCCGCAGGGGGUGGGGCCAGGGGGGGCUUUUCUGACCCGUAACUGAGUUCUGGGAGAGGAACAGCUGCCUCGUGCGGUUCCCACCCGGGUCUGCCGGGCACGUCUGGGCCGGCUCAGGCCUGGGCUGGCUGCUGCUCUCCUCUGUCUGCCGGGCUGAGGACGUGGGUGAGGCCACGGUGGCGGUGGGGACAGUGGCUGCUGUGAGCAGUGCGGGCCAUGGGGGCCUCCCUGGGCGUCCCGAGGCUGCAGUGGGAGCCGAGCGUGGCCCAGGCCUGCCCCGGGUGGCAGCUGGCCGGUGUGGCGUCGUGGCUCAGCGGGUUUGUGGGCACCGGCAUCCCGACUCCCAGGGGUUGUAGUCACCUGUUGAGACAGACGUGCCCAGGUGCCCGAGCAUCGCAAGGGUUGAGGGGUCAACCGUCCUGGGGGUUACCACCGUGGGGCACUGCUGUGUGCCGGGGCAGCCUGUCACGUACCACACAGGUGUGGCAAUGCCCAGGCACCAAGGCUGCCGUCAGCCUCGUGUUCCCGCAGGUGCUCUGGGCUGGGCAAGGGCCGGGUUCCGGCGACGAGGCCUCUCAGGGUACAUUUCUGAGCUCCUUCUGGCUUCUAACCCUGUCUGGCCUGGCCCGUGUGGACACAAGGCUCAGGAUGGAAAAUUCAGGUCCUGACUUGGCCUUUGACCGGCACGGACGGCCAGCUCCUGUGCUCAGGGCCAGCCCGAGAUUGCUGCUGUCCUCUUGUGGCCGUGGUGAGGGGUCGCUGGGAGCUGUGACGGGAACAAGACCCAGGCCUGGCGCUAGCCCUGCUUCCCUGCCAGGGCACGGCCCGCGGCCUCCCAGCCUGCUGUCCCCGUCCUUGCCGCCUCCUGGACAGCUGGCAGCCCCGGCGUCUCUGCCCUGGCCCAUGUCCUUCCCCAGACGGCAUUCCCCGCCCGAACCCCCUAGGGCCAGCCCUGUGCCUCAGCGCGGGUCCAGGGCUCUCACCGAGACCUCGUGCCACCUGCCCUCCUCCUGCGCAGCUCUCGCGCCCCCACCCACUGUGCUGUCACCAGCUCCCUGGGCUGUCCUGCCUCGGGGCUGUGGCUUGAGUGGUUUCCUCUGCUGACCUCUCACCCUCCUGCCCCAGGGUGGCCUCCUGCCCCCUCGGAGCCCUGCAGGGCCUGGGCAGGCUGUGCUCCUGGGUGGGGCUUUAGCGGGGCCUGUCGAGGGCCAGCGCUUCCGCAGACAUCUGAAAACUGGGGUCCAUUUGGCUGAGAAUGUGUCGGGGCCCUUGGAAGCUGCCGGGUCUGCGCAUGCCCUUCUCAGCCCGCAAGUUCUCCCCAGCUAGGGCAGCGGCAGGGCGACGGUGGCUGUCAGAGUCUUCCCUGAGUGAGAGCUGCUGUCCCCGGGACUCCCAGCCACAGCCAGGUCACUGGCCAGCUGUCCAGAAUCCACCUUUAUACUGAAAAUGUUACUGAAAGUCACUAAUUGACCAGCUGCCUUAAUAAACAGACAGUGAUUCCUAGA